AUGUCGUGUAGCAGCCUCUAUGUGGGCAUGAAGAACCUGGAGGAUCAGGGCGAGGGUCUAAUGGCUACGCCAAGCAAGGUCAAGAAAGAAAAUGAGGAUGACCACAUGUUGGGCUUGUCUCCAGAGACAGCAGAGCUGUGGAAAUCUAUGCGGGACACUCCAGAAUCCAAGGCCCUCAAGGCUAUGGCCCCACAACAGCAGGUUAUGUCCCCGCACGUGCACCAGGUUAUGGCCCCGCAAGCAAUGGUUAUGGCCUCGCAAGCACAUGAGCAGGUUAUGGCCCCGCAAGACAAGAGUCAGCUUGAAGAGGACACAAUGCCACCCGCCAAGAGAAUGAAGCAGGAGCAAGCCGUCCAAGACGAAAUGAACAUUCGCUUGGCAGCCAUGCGUAAGGAAAUGGUGGAUGCCUUGGCCAAGCACGAGGAGGAGCUGCAGGAGGCUACGCGUCGGCACCGAGCAAGAAUGCAACAGGAGGAGCAAGAGCAUGUAGCCAGGAUGAAAGCAAGAGAAGCAGCAAUGCAACAGAAGGAGCAAGAUAAUGAAGCCAGGAUGAAACAACAAGAAGAGGACUCACGACUGCGUAUGCAGGAGGAGAGGGACACUCAUGAGCAUGAUCUUGCCCUCAUCAUUGAGCACGUGUCCUCUGUGAAAGCAGAACAAGAGGCUAGGUCUGUGCAGAAAAGCCAAGAACAAGGGGCUUCGUCUGUGCAGAAAAUCCACGACGAUGCAAAGGCUUGCACUUGCAUUGCCGCCUCUGCCAACCCCUGCCUCGUCGGCUUUUCCAACACACGUGCCGAGCACCAGUCCGGCCUCUGCGCCUGUGCCAAGCUGAAUUGCCUCAUCACCUUCCGCACCAAGACGCGCAAGUGGCGCAAGAACCUCCAGGGUUACUCCUGGAAGACAGAGCAAGAGAUGACUGAUGAGCUCAAGUGGAGCAGAGUGGCUGGUGCCAUGAAGUACUGCGACAAGCGCAAACUCACGAAGAAAGACAUUUACGAUCCCAGCAUCAAGAAGUUUCUUGUCCUUGUUCGGGACGACGUGGAAUCAGCCGAAGAGAAGCUUCAAGAGCUUCAGCAGGAAAUGGUGGACAUGGGCUUGAUGUCCAGCGACUUCGAGCUAGGCGACCUUUUGGACGACCCAGAUGGCUCCGGCAGCGAUGGUGGCACAGGCGCUGGGACUGGUGGAGGUGGGGGCGCUGUCAGGCGAAAGCUUGAGGAGUUCCCUCAGGUAGAGGGUGACGAAACACUCCAGGAAUACCUGGGACAGUAUCGGCGGGCGAUCCUCUCGCGCAAAGCCUUGGUCAAGGUGGCCAAAGAGAGGCUGGAGAAGGACCAGGCGAAAGGGUAUGAGUACCUUGCCUCAUAG